AUGUUGGCUGUGUUGCUCUGCUGCCAGGCAUCUGCCGACUGCACACAGCCGCCCUGCAGGGACAACCUGGUGGCAGCAGCCUGCGAGGGUCAGCCGCCCUGCAGGGACAACCUGGUGGCAGCAGCCUGCAAGGGUCAGCCGCCCUGCAGGGACAACCUGGUGGCAGCAGCCUGCGAGGGUCAGCCGCCCUGCAGGGACAACCUGGUGGCAGCAGCCUGCGAGGGUCAGCCGCCCUGCAGGGACAACCUGGUGGCAGCAGCCUGCGAGGGUCAGCCGCCCUGCAGGAGGGCAGUUCUGCUCCCCGCCAUCUCGGACGCCCCUCGGCAGGUGGAGCACAAGCCGGACUUGGGCAGGUUUCGUCCUCAGGGCGGCGGCGUGAAGGAGCGGCUGGUGCGUCUGCAGCGCUGCAUGCUCUCCCUGCAGGACACAGAGGCAGUCUGGAUAGGCCAGGACAGCAACCUGCUGGGGGGCAUCCUGGCGCUAAUGGCGGCCGUGCUGACGGAGUGUGACCUCCACUGUCACAGCCAGGCCCUCGGGGCGAUGGCGAAACGGCUGGGAAGUGCAGCCGUGGGAAGAGAAGGGGAGAAAGACCUGCUUCUUUUCCUCAAGAGCAUUACACGUCCUACAGUCGCACCGUUGGAAAGGUUGCAUCCUCAGGACUGUGCAGAGAUUCACAGGCUGGGGGUCAAAGAGAACGGCAUCUACACCAUCCAGCCUGAGCUUGCCGGACCAGCAGUCGAGGCUAAAUGUGACAUGGUGACGACUGGAGGCGGCUGGACCGUGGUCCAGAAUCGUCAGGACGGUUCGGUGGACUUCAACAGGACGUGGCAGGAAUACCGGUGGGGCUUUGGCAAUCCGCAGGGGGAGCUUUGGCUGGGCAACGCCGCCUUGCACGCGCUCACGUCCGCCGGCCAACACCAGCUUCGUGUGGAGUUGGAGGACUGGCACCAGCAGAGGCGCCACGCCACCUACAACCACUUCAAAGUGGCCGCGGAGGCACAGAGGUACCGCCUGACAGCGCGCGAGUACUCCGGUGACGCGGGCAACGCGCUGAGCUACAGCAAACGUUACAACCACGACGGCAGAUCCUUCAGCACCACCGACCGAGACCACGACCGCUACGCCGCCGGUGGCUGCGGCCAGUACUACGGCGCGGGCUGGUGGUUUGACGCCUGCCUGGCCGCCAACCUGAACGGGCGCUACCACCGGGGGCGCUACGGCGGGGUGACCGACGGCAUCUACUGGGGGACGUGGUACAUCCUGACUGACGGGCGGACUGGCGAACGCUAUUCCUUCAGGAGAGUAGAGAUGAAGAUAAGACCACGCCAUUUCGCUGGCUCAACCUGA